UAUAUAUGUGGACACAACCCUCUCAAUUGGAAAAAGGUUCCAACAAUGGCCAGAAUACCUCCCAUCUUUGCUACACAGUUCAUAGUUCUCUCCCUUCUUUCUUCCUUUGCCCUAAUUCUGGUCCAGGGAGAAGAUGAUCACGAUUUCGUGAGAGCCAUGGACCGCGAUCUCUUGGGGCUCAAGAAAGAAAAGCUCAGCCACUUCAAGUUGUACUGGCAUGACAUUUUGAGCGGCAAAAACCCAAGCUCAAUCGGAGUGGUGAAAUCACCCGUUAACUCAUCAACGCUCUUCGGAUUCGUGAACAUGAUCGACAAUCGCCUCACCGAAAAGCCGGAGCUGAGCUCGAAGCUGCUGGGGAGGGCUGAAGGGUUCUACGCAUCAGCUUCACAACAGGAGUUCGGGCUGUUGAUGGCCAUGAACUUUCAUUUUAUUCAGGGCAAGUACAACGGGAGCACCAUAACUGUGCUGGGGAGGAACCCGGUGUUCAACAAGGUGAGGGAAAUGCCGGUGAUCGGAGGAAGUGGACUUUUCAGGUUUGCAAGAGGUUAUGUUGAAGCAAGAACUCACACAUUCAAUCUGAGCACCCGAAAUGCCAUCGUUGAGUACAAUGCCUAUGUGCUCCAUUAUUGAUGCUUCUUUUCUCUUUGUUGUUUUCUUCCUUUGAGCUUUUCGUGGUUGUACUCUCUUUUGAGGUCAUAGCUACGUUCUAAUUAUGUCAGCUACCCAUCGUUGUCUACUUCGCUAAACUAGCGGGUUGUUGCUUUUACCAUCUUUUUACAAGUCAGUGCAUAAUUAUUAUAAUAAUCAGACAUCUUUCACUAUCUUCAGUUCUA